AUGGCGACGGUGCCCGGUUCCGAUGCCGGGAUCGGCUCUCGACUCGUGGCUGCGAGACCUUUGUUCCUCGGGGGCCAAUCGGCCGCGCCAUGGAUGAGCGGACACGGAGCACGCGCACGGCGGGCUCACGUCUUGGGCCGCAAGGACCAGAUGCGACGUCUCGAGGCCAAAGGUUGUAGGCUAGGCAUGACCUUCCAGAACGGCCUCGUCGCCGCCACCAUUCAGGUCGGCCGCCCCGACGCCGAACUUCACGUGGUGCCGAUCGGCCUCCUCGAUCGGAGGCUCGUGUGCUCUCGCGUCAUUCGCCUCGCCGCCCGUGGCGAGCAUCUCGGGUCACUUCACGCCAUGGCCGUACCGAGAAGCUUAGGCGCCCAGGAGGGAGUCGAGAGGGUUGCCCCGAGGGCGACCUCGGAUGGGGGGCUGCCACAUGCCAUGUGGUAUCGUCUCACCUGCAGCCGCGUACUCCCCGAGAUGUACGCUGUCGGGCCUGCAAUCCCACCAAGCCGUGGCGUGGUCUGUUCCAUGUUGGCCGCGUCCUCUUCGUGUUUCCUACCCGUCCUUUGCAUUCUUCCGGACGUCUUGCCGGCCUCGGCGCAUCCACGAGGGCCCUCUUUUGGGGAGCGGAACGCCCUCGCCGGGCAUGCCAUGCGAGCCGCAGCCGGUGUCGAGUAG